AUGGACGUCCUUACCAACGUCGCACGACCAAAGACUUCAGCGACGCUCACUGUGCGCAUCAUCAAAUCUUUCAAAUUUCGCACCGAACGUAGCCUCGUCCUGCACAACGUCGAUCUCACCACCACCACCACCGCUCAACUAAAGGACAUUGUUCACAAAUCAAUACUCGACAAGGCAGGCUGGAAGCCAUACAGAAAUGUCCUUCUUGAUACUCUGAAACUGUACACCAAUGCUCACGGCGCAAAAACAUCUAAUCUUAUCAUCAAUCUGGACCAUGAUGAUUGGAUAUUAAACAACGACGACGCGUUAUUGGCAGAUCUCGGCUUUGAAAAUGAGACUGAAAUCAGCUUUUUCAAUCGUCAGGAUUAUGAGGACUUCAAGCUAAACCCAGAAGUAAAUGUUCUUUGA